AGAGUCAUGCCAAGUACAAGUUCUGGGUCUCCGCUCCCAAUUACUGCGAGUUGACCUCGUCACCAAACCCACUUCUUCUUCUUCUAGCUUUUCUUGUCAGGACUUUACUGCUUCCAUGAAGUAUGGUAGUAUGGUGCUAAGAUCCCUUUUGCACUAGGGUGUUGGCGCAACGGCAGGGAUUAAGUGGCUCAAAGUAAUAUGGAGAAUACUCUCAGGGAGAUAAUACGUGUGCUUGAACCCUUGCCCACGGAUCGAGAAACACGAUGCCAAAUUCUUCGGGAGUUACAAGGAGCUGUUGAGUCUGUAGAGAGCUUAAGAGGUGCAACUGUGGAGCCAUUUGGAUCAUUUGUCUCAGAACUCUUUACUCGCUGGGGAGACUUGGAUGUUUCAAUUGAGUUCUCAAAAGGCGCAUAUAUUUCUUCUUAUGGAAGAAAGCACACACAAGAUGUACUAAAAGAUUUAAUGAAGGCUAUGAGAAUGAGAGGUGGAUGGAACAGGUAUCAGUUCAUACCUAAUGCAAGAGUUCCCAUUCUGAUGGUCAAAAGUAAUCUUGGAAACAUCUCCUGUGAUAUUUCAGUCAAUAACCUGAAAGCCCAAAUGAAAUCAAAACUCUUUUUAUGGAUGAAUGAUAUAGAUCCACGCUUUCGUGAUAUGGUUUUACUGGUGAAGGAAUGGGCAAAAGCACACAAUAUCAAUAAUUCAAAAUCUGGGACUUUCAAUUCAUACUCUCUGAGUUUGCUUGUGAUCUUCCAUUUUCAGACAUGUACACCUGCAAUUCUGCCUCCUCUUCAAGACAUAUAUACAGAUACUCUCACGGAUGAUCUUAAAGGCUUGAGGGAUGAUGCAGAAAGACGUAUUGAAAAAAGUUGUGUUGAGAACAUGAGAAGAUUUAAACUAAACAAAUUGAGAGCUCGGAAUAAAAGUUCUUUGUCUGAGCUUUUCAUUUCAUUCCUUGGGAAGUUCUCUGACCUUGGUUCGAAGGCUGCGGAGUUGGGAAUUUGCACAUAUUCUGGAAAAUGGGAAAGAAUAGAAAGCAAUAUGGGAUGGUUGCCCAAAACCUAUUGUAUAUUGGUUGAAGAUCCUUUUGAUCGGCCAGAAAAUUCUGCAAGAGGUGUCGGCCAAAAAGCAUUGAAAAGGAUCUCUGAAGUUUUUGAGAUGAGUCGUGACAGGCUAAUCGCAGUUAGUUACAAUGCCUCCUUAGCCAUUGAGAGUUCCCUUCUUGCCACACUAGUCCGACCACAUAUGCUACGUCUUAUUAGCAACCCAGGUUACAAUAUUAAGCACCACCAAACAACUCAUCCACAAUAUUUCAGGGCUGAGAGCUCACAUUCACGAACCCCAAGACAUCAUUAUAACGGUCCCCCGAAACCAAAUGGUCCUUUUGUACGAGAGUUGGUGCCCCCAAGGGAAUAUAACGGCCCCCCAAAACCAAAUGGUAAGGGACGAGAGUUGGUGCCCCAAAGGGAUUAUAAUGGCCCUCCGAAACCAAGUGGUUCUUAUGGACGAGAGUUGGCAGACUCGUCCCCACAAGGACAUGGACAUCAACAACUACGAAAGAUGGUGCACUCAUCCUCACAAGUACAGCCACAAAUACAGAAGCUGGUGCACUCACCAUCACAAGUACAGCCACAAAUACAGAAACUGGUGCACUCACCGUCACAAGUACAGCCACAAAUACAGAAGCUGGUGCACUCACCGUCACAAGUACAGCCACAAAUACAGAAACUGGUGCACUCACCGUCACAAGUACAGCCACAAAUACAGAAGCUGGUGCACUCACCGUCACAAGUACAGCCACAAAUACAGAAGCUGGUACACUCACCGUCACAGUCACAAGUACAGCCACAAAUACAGAAGCUGGUGCACUCACCGUCACAAGUACAGCCACAAAUACAGAAGCUGGUACACUCACCGUCACAGUCACAAGUACAGCCACAAAUACAGAAGCUGGUGCACUCACCGUCACAAGUACAGCCACAAAUACAGAAGCUGGUGCACUCACCGUCAAAAGUACAACCGCAUAUACGAAAGUCUGUGCCCUCAACCUCACGAGUACAAUCACCACUUCAGAAAGUGAAGCCAGAGAUGGCACCAAUGCUACAGGCGUAUCAGAAAUGGACACCAAAGAAACCAGGAAUGCAGACCAUCUGAUAGAUAGUUGUGAUGUGACUUGUGGUGUUAAAUCAAGUUUCACUGCGUGGUUUUGAUUCAGAAGGUCAAACUGUAGAGAACCUUUCCAGUUUGCCAUGUUUAUUGGUUAUUAUUUUGUCCCCAUUAUUUUUGGGGAGUGAAGGUUUUGUCAAAAUGAUUUCAAUGUUUUGGUCAUUCUCCUCCACAGAUGAUGCCAUUUGUUUAAACUUUAAAGUAAUCAAUUACCCUUUUCAGAGAGAAGUUUCCAUUUCAA